AUGGCCGGACCAGGUGGGCGGGAGUGGGGACGGGGCUGGCGACACCCGUGUGGGGGCUGUGGGAGCCCGAAGGGUCCCGUGAGGGCACCCAGGGCCCGGGGGGCUGCGGGGGGGGCAGCGGGGGUCCCGUCCCACCCGGAGCCCCCCCGGCAGGGCCCAGGUGAGAGCGAGUACUCGGAGCCCUUCGAGGGGGAGCAGGACCCGGCGCCCGAGGGCGGCUGCGACGAGGAGGCCACAGGGUGCCCGCGGCAGGGCGAGGGCCGGCGGGGGCGGCCGCGCCGGGGUCCCCAACUCUACGACACCCCCUCCGAGGAGUGGGACACGGCCGGGGAUGGCCCGGGGGGACCCCCGGCCCGCGAGAGCCGCCUCCCCCGCGACGACGAGCGCCCGGCAGACGAGUACGACCAGCCCUGGGAGUGGAAGAAGGAUCACAUCUCGAGGGCCUUCGCAGUGCAGUUUGAGAGCCCCGAGCGCUCCCCCAGCCUGUCCCGGCCGCUGCCGCGCUCCCCCCGCGCCCCCGGCGGCCCCCGGCCCGCCUGUCCCCCCAGCCCCCGGCACGUGGACACCUCGCUGCCCCUGGAGAAGCAGGCCUGGUACCACGGCCCCAUCGGGCGGGCGGGCGCCGAGACGCUGCUGGCGCUGUGCCGCGAGGGCAGCUUCCUGGUGCGCGACUGCGAGACCAGCCCCGACGACUACUCGCUGUCCCUCAGGAGCAGCCAGGGUUUCGUGCACGUGAAGCUGACGCGGACCCGGGAGCAGCACUUCACGCUGGGCCGGGCCGGGGCCGCCUUCCCGUCGGUACCGGCGGCCGUGGGGCACUACACGGCGCGGGCGCUGCCCGUGCGCGGUGCCCGCCACCUGUCCCUGCUCUACCCCGUGGCCGUGCAGCCCCUGUGAGCCCCGGACCCCCGGCCGC